CAGGCAUGCACAGACUUUUCUAACACACAUGCACGCCAUUGCUAAGCAGCUCGGCGAACUCGCCGCUCUAACGGGACAAGUUUAACCCACCGGGAUAACCACCGACUUCUGGGCGCUGCUCUCCCUUCACUUGGAGCGCCUGUUCACGGGCAGAGAGCUACUGCCACAACAAUGACGAAGACACUGACCGGGGGAGGCCACUGCCGAAGGUGCAGCCCUCGUUAGACUUCCCCAUCUGCACCGCUCUGCCAGCCAUCACUACACAGCCCACCCGACGCUCCGCCAUCAUGGCCAACCACCUGGAGCUAAUCCAGGAGCUGCAGCAGCUGGACAAAGUUCCAAGUCUGGAGAGGCUGCGAGCGGCCCAGAAACGGCGCACGCAGCAGCUCAAGCGCUGGGCCGUGUAUGAAAAGGAGAUGCAGAACAAGAAGCGCAAGGCGGACAGGAAGGGACGCAACGCCAACGGCUACCAGCACACUGAGGUCAAGAGGCGAGUGUCGUUCGCCGCCAGCGUGGCACUCUUGGAAGCAUCGGCCAGGAACGAUCCGGAUGAAGUGCGCUACCUGCUCAAGAACAAUGUUAGCCCAGACCUUUGCAACGAAGACGGCCUCACCGCACUUCAUCAGUGCUGCAUCGAUAACUAUGAGGAAAUGGUGAAGAUCUUACUCGACCGAGGAGCUGGCGUCAACGCUCAGGACAAUGAACUGUGGACACCUCUGCACGCCGCCGCUACAUGUGGCCACGCAGGCCUCGUCAAGAUACUCAUUGCACAUGGUGCUGAUCUGCUGGCAGUCAACUCUGACGGGAACAUGCCGUAUGACCUUUGUGAAGACGACCCAACACUGGACAUUAUUGAGACGGCCAUGGCCAACAGAGGCAUCACCCAAGAGAUGAUAAACGAGACCCGGGCCUCUACAGAGAGGAAGAUGCUGGGAGAUAUCCAGGAACUGGUGAGGCUCGGCAACGACGUCAACCAUCAAGACUCGCAGGGAGCCACACUGUUGCACAUCGCUGCAGCUAACGGCUACAUGCAGGCUGCUGAGCUGCUUCUGGAGGGGGGCGCUCGCAUGGACUUAAGAGACUCGGACGGAUGGCAGCCACUACAUGCCGCGGCCUGCUGGGGUCAGAUGCAUGUCGCUGAGCUACUGGUGUCUCACGGAGCCAGUCUCAAUGCCAAGACAUUCCUUGACGAGACCCCCAUUGAUUUGUGUGAGGAUGAGGAAUUCAGAGCCAUUUUGUUGGACCUGAAGCACAAGCAUGACAUCAUCAUGAAGUCCCAGCUCAAACACAAGACCUCACUGUGUCGACGGACUUCCAGCGCAGGAAGUCGUGGCAAGGUGGUGAGGCGAGCCAGUUUGUCUGACAGGCACAACCUGUGCCGCAAAGAGUACGAGACGGAGGCCAUCGUGUGGAGGGGUGGCAGGGAGGAGGAGGACAGGGAGGACAGAGAGAAGGAGCCCGAGCAGGAAAACAUCCAGGUGCUUCAUGUAAAGCCCACAGAAGUAACAGAUUCACCCGACCAGACCAAGCUGCCCACCAUCCUCAAAGAUGUCAGCAGCAAAAACAACGGUCUCAUCUCUACUUCUACAUGUGUGCCCCCACAGCCGCCCGCCAACGGCAAGAGCGUCGUGGUCUCUCCCCCGCCCGGCCAGGACGAAUCUUUACCCCGCGAGAGAGCUCAGACUCUUUCGGAGCUGAAAAAGCAGCGGGCGGCAGCCAAGCUUUUGAACCACCCCCUUUUCAAUGGUCACCUGGGCAACGGUUCCACAGACUCUUUCGGCGACACCAAAUCCCUCUCGGAUGACCCCCGCAUGCCGUUGGUGUCGUCCAACGGCAGUGCCGUCUUCUACACGCCGGCCAGCGGCGAGCCGCCGCUCCUCAGAUUUAGGCAGCCUGUCGACGAAGAGCAGCCUAAGUCGCGGACCUGCUGCUGCGUGUCGUAGCGUCAUUUAAAGGUUGACAAACUGCAAGCGUUUGCACAGAAUGUCUGGUGGAAAGAUGAGAAACAAGCACUCAAAACGUGGACUUUUUACAUGAAGUCAGGUUGCAAGUGUAGCAGGCUAACAAACUGCACGUUUGGAUUACAUUAAACAAUUAUAAAGUUAGAUGGGCGAAGAAAAUUCAAGAGUUGAUGGAAACUCCAAAGUCAGUCUGUUCCGAGACAGUGGCUGACAUCCAAAAUACUCAAAUGAAUUUUUUUAACGGGGCAGAAUUUUUUCAUUUGUCUACUCAUGAUAGACAACCUUACUAAUUUUUAUUGCCAAGUGAGACUGGUUCCAGGGGUUGAAUCUUUUGUUCAAAAGGGUUGUGAGAUACUCGAAGACUGUGUUUGAUGGACCUCUAGAAGAGACCAAAACAAAACUAAUAUAAGGAAAAAGACCAGGUUGACGUGUUCAGUGAUGCUGCUUGACUUGAUUUGAUAGGUGAGUUAAUUCAUUCAAGACCAGAAUAUUAUAAAUAUACCUAAGCUACAGCGGGAUCUCCAAAGUUGAACCCAAUUCGUCCUGUGACUGGUGUUGUGAAGUAAAUGAGCUACUUCAUUUAUGAUUAUUUAUGCCAUUUUAAGUCAAAAGAAAUGCUACCUUUACUUUGUUACACAGAGCUACAUUGAAUUCAAAAUAGCACCAAUGUUUUAUUGUUUAACCCUUUAUAGGGCAAGUGACUUUUUGGGGAAUUUUUGAAUACCUAACUUGACAUGACGACCUGUUUACCACAUACAGUGCCUUGCAAAAGUAUUCAGCCCCCUUGAAUCUUGCAACCUUUCGCUACAUUUCAGGCUUCAAACAUAAAG